UGUUCCCUCCAGCAGCAGAGAGAGCUUCAUUUUCUGCUCUGCUUUUGUGCUAAAAUGGAGGCUGGCCUCUCGCCCUGAGUGGAUCGCCUUCCUGGUUGAGGUUUAGAUGUUGACAUGCAAUAAAUCUGAAGACAGGAUGGUUGUGGACGCACCCAACUCCAAUGGGCCCUUUCAGCCGGUGGCUCUUAUGCACUUCAGAGAUGUGGCCCCUGCAGAACAGGAGAAGCUCUUCAUCCAGAAGCUGCGGCAGUGCUGCGUUCUGUUCGACUUCCUCUCCGACCCGCUGAGUGACCUGAAAUGGAAGGAGGUGAAGCGGGCGGCCCUGAGCGAAAUGGUGGAGUACAUCACCCACAACAGGAAUGUCAUCACAGAGCCCAUCUACCCGGAGGUGGUGCACAUGUUUGCUGUAAAUAUGUUCAGGACAUUGCCUCCAUCGUCCAACCCAACAGGAGCAGAGUUUGAUCCUGAGGAGGAUGAGCCGACACUUGAAGCCGCGUGGCCCCACCUCCAGCUCGUCUAUGAAUUUUUCCUUAGGUUUUUAGAAUCGCCUGACUUCCAGCCUAAUAUAGCAAAGAAAUACAUCGACCAGAAAUUUGUUAUGCAGCUCCUAGAACUAUUUGACAGUGAAGAUCCCAGAGAGAGGGACUUCCUGAAAACUACUCUGCACAGGAUCUAUGGGAAGUUUCUGGGGCUGAGAGCGUACAUCCGAAAACAGAUCAAUAACAUUUUCUAUAGCUUUAUUUAUGAAACUGAGCACCAUAAUGGUAUAGCUGAACUACUGGAAAUACUUGGAAGUAUAAUCAAUGGAUUUGCCCUACCACUGAAAGAGGAGCACAAAAUUUUCCUGCUAAAGGUUUUAUUGCCUCUGCACAAAGUCAAAUCACUCAGUGUCUACCAUCCACAGCUGGCCUACUGCGUGGUGCAGUUUUUGGAAAAGGACAGCACUCUAACGGAGCCUGUGGUUAUGGCUCUACUAAAGUACUGGCCAAAGACUCACAGUCCUAAGGAGGUGAUGUUCCUCAACGAGCUGGAAGAAAUCUUGGACGUCAUCGAGCCCUCUGAGUUUGUGAAGGUGCAGGAGCCGCUUUUCAGACAGCUGGCCAAAUGUGUGUCCAGCCCACACUUCCAGGUGGCAGAGAGAGCCCUGUAUUAUUGGAACAAUGAGUACAUCAUGAGUCUGAUCAGUGACAACGCAGCCAAAAUUCUGCCCAUCAUGUUCCCCGCUCUCUACCGCAACUCAAAGACGCACUGGAACAAGACCAUCCACGGUCUGAUCUACAACGCUCUGAAGCUUUUCAUGGAGAUGAAUCAGAAGCUCUUUGACGAUUGCACACAGCAGUUCAGAGCUGAGAAAAACAAAGAGAAGGUGAAGUCAAAAGAACGUGAAGAGGCUUGGAUCAAGAUCGAGAACCUCGCCAAGUCAAACCCACAGUUCUGUACGCAUGUUCAUUCCUCUGACCUCAGUAGUCCUGUAGCAAUGGAGACGGAUGUCCCUUUGAUAGAAGAUGUACAGAGGUUAAAAAAGACAGUUGAGGAGGGCGCAACUCAGUUGCAGCACGAGCAGCGAAAAGAGCGGUCCAUGGUGAGACGCAAGUCCGAGCUGCCUCAGGAUAUCUACACCACAAAAGCCUUGGAGUCCCACCGUAGAGCUGAAGAAAUGUUGACCACCCACGAUGGGCUCUAGACCCCCCAGCAGCCCUGCCCCUCCCACCCUUCACUUCAUACCUUCYACAGCCAUGGACAUCUUCUUUGUGGGAUUGAACGGGUGAACCAUGUUUUCGUCCCCCUCCCCACCAUCUUAGUUCGUUCUUCAUUCCUGCUUCUCCAUCGCAGAAACUCCUGCAUUCACCACUCUUUUUAUUCUCUCUCUCUCUCUCUCCCCCUCUCUCUCUCUCUCUCAGGUUUAUUUUCCUUUUUAACUGACAAUGACUGUGACAUGCAGUGUAAUUUCUCGUCAUCCCCUCCACCUUCCGUGCUUCGUGUCCUACACUCGCUGUAAACAUGAAACCCAGGAGUACAGACAGCACAAUACAAGUUAAUUUGGUUUCACGUGUUCAAAUCCAACACGGGGGGUGUAGGAACAGCUCGAAUGGCUCUCUAAGGCUCGAGUCUUGGUCUCGAGUUUUCUUCUCACUCAAAAGGAACAAAAAAAAAAAAAAAGUCGAUCCGGUUGUUCAGAUGAAAGACAACUUUCGUGUCACCUUAUGUUCUCAUCACUCUAGCAGACACUUUUGUCGGUGCCAAGACUCUUGUGUUUGUUUGAUUUACGUUCUGGCCUGCAUUUGUUGGUGGUCACUGUUAUGGUUUGUUUGUUUGUUUGUUUGUUUUCCCAGCACACUUGAGACCAAACUGAGGCCUGUUCUUAGCCUUGUUCUGGAAAGACGGUGAGGAAAGGGGAGCUUGUCCUGUGGACAUCUUGACGCUUUCUGUUUUAUUGUUUAGUGCCAUAUGUCACUCUUUUAUACGCUUACUUUAAGUUCCUCGGCUACUUUUCAAGACCAGACCAUAGCAGGACGUGAACAGUUCAAACAAUGGUACUUGCUGUGUAGCUGUAGGUGAACCUCAGUGAAAACCGAGUUUGCUGCCUACAUUAUCUCAGCUUAUUCUGGGCUUGGAUGGAGCAUAUAUGGGCUGCCUACUAAAGAUUAGAGCUGUGUUUUUAUUCUAGACAUAAAAUAUAAUGAAUGGAGGUUGUCUGUUAUGCUGUUUAAAUAGCAGAGGAAUAGACCUGUACUGUUACAACUAUUAAAAUCUCCAUAGUGAGUUAAUUUGGACUUAUUUUUUAAAAAUAUUGGAGUUGCAGGAAUAAAAGAUUUUAAAUUUUCAUAAUUCAAUUAAUCGUAAUGUAAAUUUCAGUGUAUUAAACAGCAAUUUAUUUUUAAACUGAAAAGCAAAUUAAAGCUUGAUAUUUUCAGUCAGUACCAUUGUUUAAACAAAAAAGUUCUGCUAGAAAUUUAUUUUUUUAUAUCGGAUGUUUUGAUUUCUUUGUUUUGUCUCUGAUGGUUUGAAGCAAAGUCAUUUUUAUUUUCAUUCCGUUUUUUUUUUGUUUUUUUUGCUUUUGUGGCCGUUCAGAAAGCCCCAGUUCUUAAACAUGACUGGUGCAAAACAGCCUCAAAAGAUGCCAGAUGUGAAAUUAAACUGACAUUCAAACUCUGUUCGUUAACUGUAUUAAUACUGUAUUUGCUGGAAUGCAAAAAAAGAUGUAAAUUUAAMACUACCAUGUUAAACAUGUACCUUUUACCCUGGAGGAAUGCCAUCCAUCCAACCGCUUUCUGUUGUCUCGGUCGUCAGAUGAUGAAACAGUCCUGCUUGCUGGGAGAAAUGUAUUUAAUUUAUAAAACGUUGGAGGUUAGUUUUUUUAUGUUUUUUUUUUUUUUUUAGUGCUAAAAAAACAAGUCUUCUGUUGUACGACGAGAUGGUUUAGAAACUAUUUGGUGACUUGUUCUCUUACCACAGGAUCUUUAUAGGUCUUUUGAUUUAACAUAUAAUUUCUAAAACAUGUUAACUUAAAAGUGUCCUUUUGUAUGUGACCUGUACUAUAUGAUUCAUUUAUUAUUGUAUAUAUGAUUUACCUUGUUUCAUGUAGUGUUAUAUAUAUCUAGAAUAAUUUUGUACAAAUUGUCCGUCUGUACAGAAUAAAACAUCCAUAGCAAAUAAAAGAAGUUGCACCGUC